AUGGUUUACGCGUUUACUCUGCCAACCACCUCUCCGCUGUCUUUUCAAUCCUUCAUAUCCUCUUCUACUCACUCAUCGCUCCCACAAGUUGCCUCUACCACCCGUCAUGCUCUCCGCCUCGCCCUCAAGGCCCACAAGCGCUUACCCCGCGGCGCGCGCCAGGACGCCCACCUGCCCACCGUCCUGUCCGCGUUGAACGACUACAUACCAUCCCUAUUUACGAUAUCACAGGUCCUCAGCAGUCGACCUGUCGCAAAUGAUCCCUCCGUCUCGACAUCCGGUGGCAACGUCUUCGUAGAGAAACUCCCGUCCGGGGAAACGAUCGAAAUAACGGUCCGCUCGGAGAUCGAAUCAGCCUGGAAACCCACUUUGUCCGCUGGCAAUGUAUUGAGCAUCGGCUCUUCUAGCUCCGGAAGGAAGCCACUCCGCGCCCGCGGCGGCCGCAUCGCUGGUCGAGGCAUCGACUUCGAAAUCGCAUUCACACUCACAACGCUCGGCUGCGUACUGGCCCGACUCGCGCGGAUGGGAGUCGCAGAGUCGCUCUAUGCGUCUACGACACCUACGGCCGAGCAACGCACUGCUGCUAUGCAGACCGCGACAAAGUAUUUGCUGCAGGCGAGCUCCGUGCAUGACUUGCUUGCAUCGUCACCUGCUUUCGCGGCGGCUACAUCAUCUGCUGUGCCGGAUAUUGAUGCCUCAACGCAGUCAGCGUUGGCGAAGUUGGCGCUGUCGGAAGCUACGCUGUUGGCUGUUUUGAAGGAUGAUGCUUAUGUUGUGGCGUGUAUCCAGUCGCGGAAUCCGAACGAUAAAGAAUGGAUGGUUCGCCCACCAGAAAUUCCUAAGGUUCGGGCUCUCGUAUUUGCGAGGUUGUGUACCCGUGCUGCAGAAUAUGCCAAUCAGGCUGCUGCGGGGCUUGGAGCUGUUGGAUCUUCGUCUGGGCGGACUUCUCGUGUAGACGAAGAGCUCAUUCGAUAUGCUAGUGUGCUUGAAAGAGUGGCUCGUGCCCGCAGCUGUCGGUUCUUCGGUGUGGAUGCUGAGCUGGCAGGUAAAGUGGGCGAGGGGAUUGCUUGGCUACGUGGUGCGCGAAGCACCCUCGCGCUCCGUGGAGGCGCCGGUUCAUCAUCCGCGGCCCCCGAUGAAGCUGCCGGGAAGUCCAAGGGUGGGUUCUCACGUUUGAAACGUGAGUGGACCGAGCGCCGUGAAGAGAAGAAAAUUGGCAAGGAUGCUGGUGGUGGACGCAGCGACAAGGGCCCUCUGGCACCCGGAGACGACGCUGGCCGUGACGAAGAGGGCCGAGUCAUUGACAUGCUCGAAACGAAGUGGGUUCGCAUGAACGAUACGAUCAACACCCAACUCAUCCCGUCACCGGCUUCGUUGCUGACAAACAUUCCCUCUGGCCGGGAUAUCCACCAACCUCCGGCACCGUAUAAGCCUCCUUCCUUAGAAGAGGACGAAUUGGUGCGUAUGAGAGCCCCGCCAGAUGAGAAUGAGCAAUUUCACUUCGGGAGCGAUCCCGAUGACAGCGAUGAGGAUACUCUACCGGCCGAGGCGCGAGGACCACCGGGUGCCUUCCCGGAUCGGAGUGAGACUGCUUCGAGCGCGUAUUAUUGA